AUGCGGGCAAUCGGACCCGAGCGUGAUGGGCCUGGGAGUGCUGGUCGAACACGCGGGCCUUCGGACACGGGCCCGAGUCGCCAGGGACUGCUGGUCGACCCCGUCUGCUCUUGCACCUGGACCGGAUUAGCCCAGGAUUGCUUGUCGACACCGCGGGCCCUUGGGCGCGGGCCCGAAUCGCCCCGGAGAGUUGGUCGACCCCGCGGGGCAGCGGUGACGAGCGCGAUUCUCCCCGAACAGCUGGUGGAAACCGUGGGCCCUCAGACCCGGGCACGAGUCCCCGGGGAGAGCUGGGACAUGUGGUCGACCCAGUGGCUAUCCGGACCUUGGCCCGAGUCGUGCGUGACAUCUGGUCGACACCGCAGGGACUCUGACCCAAGCGCGAGUGUCCUGGGACAUCUGCUCGACACUGCGGGCACUCGGAGCCGGGCCGGUGUCGCUCGGGACACCGGGUCGAAUACGAGGGCCUUCGGAUACGGGCCCCAGGCGCCCUGGAAAACUGAGCGCGAUUUGCCUGGAGGUCUGGUCGAACCUGCGGGCCCUCGGACCAGGGCCCCAGUCGCCCAGGACAGUUGGUCGACCCCCGGGCCCUCGGACCUGGGACGUUGUCGCCACGGACAACUUGUGGACACUGCCUGCACUCGGGCAAGUUCCCGUGUCCCCUGGGAUAGCUGGUCGAACACUCAGGCCCUAGGACCAAGACGCGAGUCCCCCGGGACAGCCUGCCGACCACGCAGACCCUCGGACACGGGCCCGAGUCACCCGGGACAGCUGGUCUACGCCGAGGGCGCUAGGGCACGGGCACGAAUCGCCCUGGACGCCUGCUCGACACCACAGGCCCUCAUCAUGAUCCCGAGUCCCCGGGUACAGCUGGUCGAAACCGCGGGCUAUCGGACCAGAGCGUGGUUCGCCUGGGAGGGCUGGUCAACCCCGCGGGACAUCGGACUCGGGGGGAGAGCUGGUCGACCCCGUGGGCCUUCGAACCACGGCCCGAGUCGUGCGCGACAGCUGGUCAACACCGCGGGACCUCGGACCUGGACGCUAGUUGUGCGGGACAGCUGGUGGAACCUGCGGGACUUUGGACACCGGCCCGAGUCGCACGGGACAGCUGCUCGAACCCACGGGCCAUCGGAAUCGGGCCCGAGAGCCUGGGACAGCAGGCCAAACCCGAGGGCAUUCGGACCCAAGCACGAGUGUCCGCGGACAGCUGGUCGACCCCGAGGGCACUCGGACGAGGGACAGAUUCGCCCCGGACAACAGGUUGACCCCGCGGGUGUUGGGCCCGGGCCCGAGUCGCCCGGGACUGCUGGUCGCCCAUGCGGGCAAUCGGACCCGAGUGUGAUGGGCCUGGGAGUGCUGGUCAAACACGCGGGCCUUCGGACACGGGCCCGAGUCGCCAGGGACAGCUGGUCGAACCCGUCAGCCCUUGCACCUGGACCGGAUUCGCCCAGGAUGGCUUGUCGACACCGCGGGCCCUUGAGCACGGGCCCGAAUCGCCCCGGAGAGUUGGUCGACCCCGCGGGGCAGCGGAGAUGA